AUGGACUCCAAUCGAAAGGGGUUGAUAAAAUAUAUUUUGAAAGUAAAUUUCAUGGAUGCGGGAGAAGGGUUUUCUAGUGACCGGAACUGUUACGUUAACACUUGGCCAAACAUUGUAAACCUUUUGACUUUUUGUACAUCCGAAACCGACCCCAUGGUUAAUAUAUUAUCCAGAAUUAAAAUGUCUUUAUUUUAA